AUGAAAAGAUAUACAAAGAGGAUUAGAGAUAACAAGUUGGUAUUCGGUAUCAUCGGUUUGAUAUUGUUGACGUUGAUACUUCUUAUCUAUGAUUACAACAAUACUCCAGAUUACUACAAACUGCGGCUGCUAGACAAGCAGAUAGAUGAAACGAUCGAGCGUAAUCAGACACUGUUUCUAGUUGGCAACGAGUAUGGAAAGACUGCAAAAUCAAUUGUAAAGACAUAUGAUUGUGGAAUGUGGGGAACAACAAAGUGGAAAGAAGAUAGUAGAGGAGGAGACAACAUAUCACCCAAUGGUAUUGUUAUGUUUGGAUCGGAACUUUCUAAUAUGGAGAAUCCGAUCAUUCCAAGAAGGAUAGAUAGUAACAAGGUGUUGUCAGUCUACAUACAAUUACAUAGUUAUUCUUCAGACUAUGCUAGAUGUGACAAACAUCAGGACUGCAUGGGAUUGUUUCAAUGGUCGAUAGGAUACAAAAAGAGUGAUACUGUACAAGUACUACCAUACCAAGGUAGAAAGCUACUAGAAAACAUAUACAACCAAGCAACUGCAUUCAACUAUACAACCCAUCUAAAAAUGUUUAAAAGUAUAAACCAUCAAGUGUGUUGGAUAUCUUCUUCGUCGUCUUGUGGUGAUGAUGAUGAUGAUGAUGAUCGAUCAUCGCAACCAUUGUCGUCGUCGUCGUCAGACAGCCGAACACAAUUUGUCAAGCAGUUAAUGGAAUAUAUUAAAGUGGAUAGUUAUGGUAGCUGUCUAAACAACGUACAGAUGCCAAAGGGAGGAGGUAAAGAUGAGUACAACUCACACUCUAUCAAGUUACAAGUAAUGUCUAGGUACCAAUUCUACUUGGCAUUUGAAAAGAUCAAUUGCCAGGAAUACUUGUCAGAGGUGGUGUACCACUGUUUGUCGGCUGGUGUAGUACCAGUUAUCAUUGCCAGUCCCGAUACGCACAGUCGUCUUCCCAAAGGAUCAUACAUUGACGCAGAGCAGUUUGACAGUGCCAUCGAUCUUGCCAACCAUCUCAAGAGUGUCUACCAAAACCAAACGCUCUAUCAACAAUACUUUAAUUGGAGAAAUGAUGUAUACGCACUUAGAAAUUGGAUAGACAACGCAUUCCCAUCAACCACCUAUUCUCGUGUAGCUUGCGAAAUACAUCGUCGUUACCUCGAAACAUUUAGACAUCGAUCGAUCAAUCAUCCACCCGAACCAUUUCUUCAAAUCAAACCUUCUCAUUGUUAUGAUCCAUAUUUAAAAUAUUUAAAUUAA